AUGGAUGACUUCCGCAACGAUCUCUCAUCGCGUGAUUGGAACUCACUUCUGUGCGCUCAAGAUGUGAAUCACAAGAUCUGUAUAUUAAAUAACUUCCUUUUGGAAUGCUAUGACAAGCAUGCUCCGCUUAAGAAUAUCAAACCCAGGCAUCUUCCAGCGCCCUGGCUAAUUGAGGACAUUAGGGCUGCGAUGAGAGAGAGGGAUAGAGCGAGAAGAGUAUGGAGGAGGCGUAGAACUACUGCCAAUUACUCAGCGUAUAAGACCAUGAGAAACGGCGUACAAGUGGCUGUGCGCGAUGCCAAACGCGAUUGUUAUUGCAGUGCCCUUCACAACAUAAAAGAUCCCAACGACAUUUGGAAAAAACUGCGACAUCUUGGCCUCAUGAAGCCUAAAUCCUCGAACUUGAUGCUCCUCUUCUCAAUUGAAGAGCUGAAUGAUCACUUCUUGCAUAAUGCGAGAGCAGCAGAGGUUCUUGAUAAUGUCCACCUGGGUGACCAAUCUUAUGACGACACUAAGUUCUACUGGCACAACAUCGAAACUCAGAUGGUAGCCAGAGCGCUGGCACGAAACAAAUCUGGAGCUGUGGGGAUAGACGGGCUGACCUCGAAACUGAUUUCACUAGCCUUGCCGUGCAUACUGCCUUUUGUCACGCACAUAUAUAAUUACUGCAUCUCCAACAGUGUAUAUCCGGAUACUUGGAAGUCCGCCCUAAUCUGUCCGUUACCAAAAGUCAAAUGCCCUACCAAUCUUCAACAUUACAGAUCAAUAUCAAUCUUAUGUUUGCUUUCUAAAGCGCUCGAGCGCAUUGUUGCGGAGCAGAUCAUCCAUCACCUCGAGACUUUCAAUCUGUUUGAUCCACAGCAGACUGCAUACAAGAGAGGCUUUUCAACACAGACUGCAUUAAUAAGGGUAAUGGAUGAAAUACGGCAUGCGACUAAUCGAAGAAAAGUAACCAUCGCAGUGUUCUUCGAUUUCACGAAAGCCUUUGACAAUGUCAAUCAUCGCAUUCUCAUACACAAACUGAGACAGCUCAACUUUUCCUGCGAGGCGUUAAGAUGGCUGUAUGCCUACUUAGACGGAAGACGGCAGGCCGUGCGUGAUCCUAUCACUGGCGACAAAUCUCCUAUGAGGUUGGUUACGAGGGGUGUGCCUCAGGGAUCUGUCCUGGGACCUCUGCUAUUUGUCCUCUACCUAUCUGAUUUUGGCGGGAUAUUGGAGCACUGCAACUAUAACUUUUACGCUGACGAUCUGCUAAUUUAUCUGCAUGCAGAACCUUGUGACCUGCAGAGUGGGAUACGCAGGGUGAAUGAAGAUAUAGAAAACGUUGUGAGAUGGGCAGAUAAUAAUCAGCUCACGUUGAAUGCUAACAAAACAACUUCCAUGAUUCUUGGAACUGCGAGAUACAUCAACAAUAUUGAAUUUGAAGAUCUACCCGGAAUAUCAGUGGAUAAUACUAUUGUUCCGUAUAAGGAGUCUGUUGUUUAUCUAGGCGUCACUAUAUCCCAAACACUAUCGUGGGAUAAGCAAGUAGCCAAGACUGUUUCCAAAGUUAACGCCGCGUUAUAUCAACUAAAGCUAUGUGGGCAUCUUUUUACUCAAUCUUUGCGCGCACGUCUGGUCACUACUUUGAUUUUUCCGUUAAUUGAUUAUUGCUGCACGAUUCUUACGGAUAUCACGGGUGAGCUCAAUCUAAAGCUCCAACGGGCAUGUAACGCGAAUGUCAGAUUCGUCUGUAGGGCUGAACGGGAUGAGCAUAUCACUCCAUAUUACAUCGAAUUAGGUUGGCUGAAGACGAACGCUAGACGAAAGUAUUUUGUUGGCUGUCUAACUUUCAAUAUCUUGCAAUCGAAACGACCCUAUGACCUUUUCAACACUUUCACGUUUCGUAAUGUCGUAUCUGAGCGAAAUACGAGGGCGUCUAGCGACCUGCUCGCUUUACCUCCGUGUCGUACGGAACUCUUUAGGCGAUCGUUCAGGUGUUGUGCCCCGCGGCUAUGGAAUGAAAUACCGAGCGACGUUCGAUCUUGUUCUACGUGUAACGAAUUUAAGAUCAAGUUUUUCGAUUAUCUGCUCUAUGGUGGCAACUGA